CCGGCUCGCGAACUCACAGUCGAGCUCGCACUAGUCGCUGUGGUGAAGACCUCCGCUCCGGCGGCCGUAAGAUGGCGACCAGAGUUAAACGAAAAUCAGGGACUGGUGGGACAGGACAGAGCGAAGGCGCUGACAACGCCAGCCGCGACAACCACCGCAGUAAAAGAACCGUGGGAACUACCAGACCGGAAGUGGGCUGUGGAGGAGAUACAGACUCGUCGUUCGUGGAGGGUUCCAUCGUCAGGAUCGCCAUGGAGAACUUCCUAACUUACGAUAAUUGUGAGGUGUUUCCGGGACCCCAUUUAAACAUGAUAGUAGGAGCUAAUGGAACCGGUAAAUCAAGCAUUGUAUGCGCCAUAUGCCUGGGAUUGGCAGGAAAACCUUCCUUCAUUGGACGAGCGGAUAAGGUUGGUCUCUAUGUGAAGCGAGGGUGCAACAAAGGAAAAGUUGAAAUUGAACUGUUCAAGAUUCCAGCCAACCUCAUUAUCACACGAGAAAUUAGUGUGUCAAACAACCAGUCAACAUGGUAUAUCAAUAAAAAACUUUCCACUCUCAAAACAGUAGAAGACCAAGUCGCAGCCCUAAACAUCCAAGUAGGCAAUCUGUGCCAAUUUCUUCCACAGGACAAAGUUGGGGAAUUUGCAAAAUUAUCCAAGACUGAGCUACUCGAAGCCACAGAGAAAUCAGUGGGUCCUCCAGAAAUGUAUAAAUUUCACUGUGAUCUAAAGAAUUUCAGGCAGCGCGAGCGAGAACUUGAGAAUUCAUGCAAGGAAAGAAAUAUCAACCUAGAAAAAAUGAAGCAGAAGAAUGAACGAUAUAAGCAAGAUGUGGAGCGAUAUCAUGAACAUAAGCGUCAUCUAGAUUUAAUUGCAAUGCUUGAAAAGAAAAGACCUUGGAUGGUAUACGAAAAUGUUCGUCAGCAGUAUGAGGAGGUGAAAAGAAGCCGAGAUCGUCAGAAGGAAGAAUUAAGAGCACUAAAAGAAGCACAGUCCCCAGCAGUACGUCAGAUUCAAGAGGCUGAGGAGCGGUGUGCAAGUCUGGAUGCCAUAAUAAGAGAAAAGAUUGCAGCUAUCGAAGAAAUAUCCCAAAAAUGCAAACAGCAACAAAAUGUUUUGGAGAAAAAAGACAAACAAAUUGGGGAGAUUGAGCAAGCUUUGAGGUUGAAGAGAGAAGAAAAGAUGGAUUGGCAGAAGAGAAUUGACAACACUCGUAAGAUGAUAGAAGACUUGAAUAAUGAGCUAAGAAAUACAGACAACUCUGAUAAUAUUCAGCCCCAAGUGGAUUCUGUUAAUGCAGAAUUGGAACGCUUGGCAGAAGAGAUGGCAAAUAUUGAUGAUGAAAGAAGGGGUGCGCGCAAUGAAAUGGAUAACGCACGUAGGGAGCAGAAAGGGAUAAAAGAUCGCAUUGUACAGUUUGACAAUAUGAUGAAUGUGAAGGAAGAGAAGCUCAGAGGAAGACACAAAGACACAUACAAUGCUCUUCUGUGGCUAAGGAAGAACAAAGACCGGUUUAAAAGACGUAUCUGUGACCCCAUGAUGCUUUCAAUCAAUAUGAAAGAUCAGAAGCAUGCUAAAUACGUAGAAAACCACAUCUCAUCCAAUGAUAUGAGGGCCUUUGUCUUUGAAAGCAAAGAAGAUAUGGAUAUCUUUCUAAGAGAGGUACGUGAUAAUCUAAGACUAAAAGUGAAUGCUGUGAUUGCCCCUAGUGAAUCGUGUGCUGAAAACAGACCUUCCAAACCAAUUGAAGAACUCAAACGCUAUGGAUUUUUCUCUUACCUGCGAGAGUUAUUUGAUGCGCCCCAGCCUGUAAUGAGUUACCUGUGCCACCAAUAUAAUGUUCAUGAGGUCCCUGUGGGAACAGAGAAGACCAGAAAUAUGAUCGAAAGGGUCAUAAAUGAAACCAAACUGAGGCAAAUCUACACUGCAGAAGAAAGAUAUGCAGUGAAAGUGUCUUCUUACACAAAUCAAACUGUUUCUAGUAACACGUCAUUAAGGGCAGCACAGUUUCUGAAUGUCACCGUGGACACAGCCAAAAAAAGGCAGUUGGAAAGUCAACUCCAGCAAAUUAAUAGGAAUUUGGAAUUGCUGAAUUCUCAAAUGACUACACUAUCAGAGAAACUGAAAUCUCUGGAAUGCAGAGAAAAUGAACUCAAACAACAGAAGAAGGAGCUUUUGCAGCAGAAAAACAAAAGGAAGCAGCUGGAAUCAAAAAUCAGUAUGAAACGUGAGAGUUUAAGACAAAUGGAACAAGAUGCCAUCAACCUGGAAGAAGAAUCUGAACAAGCAAAUGUUAAAAUAAAAAGAAUUAAUACUCAGAAAGUGAAACUUGUAACAGAAUUUGUGCAGCUCAUAAAGAAUUGUAUGACCCUGAACAGACACAGAACAGAUUUAGUACUACAGAGUACUACAGCUGCUUUCCACAGGAACAGACUUGAGGCUGAACAUAGAGCUGCAACAGCACAGCUACAGGCUGCUGAGCAACAGUUUAAGGAGCUGGAAGAAAGGAAACGUAGUCUCUUGGAGAACUGUAAGAGUUUAAUGCGUAGAGCUAAGCACGUUUGUAACCUUGGCCCAGACCAAUACCUCCCUGAGGACUUUCAGACUGCAUUCCGGGCUCUUCCAAACACAGUGGAUGAAAUCGAUGCUUUACUGAAUGAGGAGAAAUCAAAAGCUUCCUGCUUCACAGGCCUCAGCGCUUCAGUUGUUGAUGACUGUAACAAAAGGGCUGAAGAAAUACAGCAGAUGACACUAGAGCUACAGGAGAAGCAGAAAGAGUUGGAUGACUUUAGGCAAAACAUUUCACAGGUUAAGGAAAGGUGGCUAAACCCUCUAAAACAGCUGGUUGACCGAAUCAAUGAGAAGUUCAGUAGCUUUUUUAGUUCCAUGCAGUGUGCAGGAGAAGUGGAUCUUCACACAGAAAAUGAGGAAGAAUAUGAUAAAUAUGGGAUUCGGAUUAGAGUCAAGUUCCGCAGUAGCACUCAGCUUCAUGAACUAACUCCACACCACCAGAGUGGAGGGGAGAGGAGUGUUUCAACUAUGUUGUAUUUGAUGGCUUUGCAGGAACUCAACAGAUGCCCAUUCAGAGUAGUAGAUGAAAUAAAUCAGGGAAUGGACCCAGUCAAUGAAAGGAGAGUCUUCGAUGUGGUGGUAAAAACUGCCUGCAAAGAGAGUACUUCUCAGUACUUCUUUAUUACACCAAAGCUUUUGCAGGACCUCACUUACACAGAGAAAAUGACUGUGUUGUUGGUCUACAAUGGAUCUUCUAUGCUAGAAUCAAGUUCAUGGAACUUAAAGGCUUUCUACAGGAGACGACGGCGAUUUCAGUCAUGACUUAAUAAUAAAGAUCUUAAUGCUUUUUGGAACCCAGAACAAAAAUCAUUUGGAGAACUCAGGAAGUUUGUUUACUUAGAAGAACUGGAAGAAGAAUCAAUAGAACUAAUAACUUCCUCAGACACAAAAGCGCCUUAUUGAAAAGUAGGAACCUUGAAUUCUCUUCAAUGAAUCACCAAGGUCUUAAAAGUUCUUUCUGGUUUGAUAACAUUUAGGUCAGAACUCAGCAGGCUUGACUUGAGCGAUGCAGUCUUCCACCAUUGGUUUGUUCAUGAUAUCUUCAGGCCCUUCUAUUUACGAUAUAUAUCCUUGCAGAGGUUAACAUUAUAUGUGCUCAUAGUUCAUGUAUGUAUAAUGUUUAUGUUACCUUUUGAUUACUUUCCUCUUAAGGACUGUGUGAUAUACUUUUGGGCUAGAUCUGAAGAACUUUAUUCUAGUCUUCCGCAAUAGAUAAAGGAAAGAAACAUUACCCCUGGCAGGCUUUCAUUUGUGGCUCUUUCACAGCUUUGCCAUAUCCAAAUUCUUUUCUUAUAUCCCUAAAUGCUCUGCUGUACCUUUUGGAUUUGCUGGUAAACUGGUAAAGAUUUCACCAAAUCUGUUCAGUAGGAAAGUUUAAUAAUUGUCACUGAAGCAUUGUGAACCCAAAAGAAUGUUGGUUAAACAUCCUGUUUAAAGAUCUGAUGCCUGUAAUCAAUGUUUGGCACUAGAGAUAAAAUGUACAGGUCUUCACUUGCUGGUAAGGUACCAUCUUAAUUGAACUGUGUUCUGGAGGAAGGGAUACUUUCAGACGCCCGUGAAAUCAAAUAUGCAGUGUCUUUUUUUAAAAAAAAUCUUCAUCUGAGAGAGAACAAUUUGUUUUCCUUGUGUUUGCUUAUUUUUAAAAAUGUACCAUUGUUAUGUGGUGGGAAAUACUAAAUUU